AUGCGUUGGGCUACAAGUGCGUUUGAUCGUGUGUGGACCAUUGCGGAACAACUCAUGAACAGCACUCCGGCCAACCUCCCAAAUUCAAUUCAACCGUUCAUCCAGCAUGAUGUAAUCAGUUCCGCUUCAUUACGCGCAAAGGUGUCCAUCGUGAAAGGUGCGGUUCACAAUGAAGUGAUGAGGAUCUCAGGGAUAUCUUGCAGGUGGGAUUUCAAAAUCAUGCAAGUGCUGAUGAGGAGUGAAGCUCAGGCCGGCGACAUCGAUUUGAUGAAUCGUUGGAAGUGGCAGAUUCAGAAGAUGAAAGAACUCGAGUGGAUCGACUUUGGGUCAACCAAAGCGGGUGACUUUGAUCGUCUUAUGCCUGUAGAUCAAGUUAGACGCGAUAUCAUACCCCAAGGUUAUCUCUUUGGUGGACCUGAAGAACCCGAACACCCUGAAGAAGAAGAUGAUGCAAGUGCGCCCGGUGAGGAGGAUUGGGAGUUGAGAAUCGAUCAAGGCAUGUUGCAAAACGUGUUUGACGUUGUAGGAAAUGAAUUGGAGGAGCCUAAUUGA